AAUCGGAGCAGUCAAAUAACGCAAUCUCUCUGUGCGGCGGCGGGAGUGCCACGCAAGCAUCGCAUAGUCUGUGGGAAUGCGCGCGCAGUAGGAAGAGUGUAAGGGCGGCAUGCAGAUUUAAAGGCCGCUGCAGAAGCAGGAGUAGGGUAGGUGCUUUGUUUCUCCUCACCCAUCUACUCCAUCCAUAUUUUUUCCUCUACUACUUCUGAACAAUGUCUCUCAAGGUCGGCGACUCCUUCCCCCAAGUGCAGCUCAAGUACGUUCCGUACGAUGCCUCGAACCCGGAUGCCUGCGGUGCACCGCAGGUGCUCGACACCAAGGCCGACUUUGCCGGCAAGAAGGUGGUGAUCUUCGCCGUGCCUGGCGCCUUCACGCCGACAUGCUCAGCGCAGCAUCUGCCCGGAUACCUAGCCAAGGUGGACGAGCUGAGGGCCAAGGGCGUUGAUCUGGUCAUCGGCACAUCGAGCAACGACUUUUUCGUGCUGGACGCAUGGGGCAAGCAGCAGGGCGUCAAGGACAAGAUCCUGCUGGUGAGCGACGCCAAUGGCGAGCUCGGCAAGGCGACCGGACUGACCCUGGAUCUGACUGCCAAGGGCCUGGGCAGCGGCAGGCUGACCAGGUUCGCGGCCAUCGUCGAUAAUGGCAGGGUCACGUAUGCUGAGCAGGAGCCCAACCCCGGCGAGGUCUCGGUUAGCGGCGUUGAUGCGGUUCUGGCCGCCCUCUAAAAGCCCAAUGGUUUGACUUUCAAUAUACCUUUUUUGGGGUUACUCCUUUAUCUAUGAGGUUUCAGAAUGCUGGUGAAUUGCAUAUCCAAAUCAGGAAUUCUUGUUGCUGCGACAUGUCUUUGGAGGAAUGGAGUGUCAAAAGAGAAUUGAUGUCAUGCAAUCCAGCUAGCUGCGUUGGUUCUUUAUGUUCAAGUCAUCAAUGUAU